AUGCAGGCCUGGGCCACUGUGGUAGUGACCUUGGCCACACUGGUGGUUGCCACUGUGGAUGCCAAGAUCUAUGAACGCUGCGAGCUGGCAACAAAGCUGGAGAAGGCAGGCCUUAAUGGCUACAAGGGCUACACCAUUGGAGACUGGCUAUGCAUGGCUCACUAUGAGAGUGGCUUUGACACCUCCUUCGUGGACCACAAUCCUGAUGGCAGCAGUGAAUAUGGCAUUUUCCAGCUGAACUCUGCCUGGUGGUGUGACAAUGGUAUCACACCCACCCAGAACCUUUGUCACAUGGAUUGUCGUGACCUCCUCAAUCGCCAUAUUCUGGAUGAUAUCAUGUGUGCCAAGCGGGUUGUUUCCUCACAGAACAGUAUGACUGCCUGGGAUUCUUGGAGCCGGCACUGUUCUGGCCAUGAUUUAUCUGAAUGGCUCAAGGGGUGUAAUCUGCAUGUGAAAACUGAAUGGAAAAUUCAUUCAUGACUCAGAUUCACAAAGAUAAAGAUUCUGUUUUCCUUUCUUUUCUUUCUUUUGUGGAUUUAAUAAAGGAUUGUGUCUAUAAAUGACGUAACAGAU